UUAGUGUUGUUGUCAGUUGUUGUUUGGAUUCAGCUGUAAUGAGACGGACUGUAUUUGUUUGUAUCUUACUUAGCCAGAUACUGGCAGCUUCACCGUGGCGAAGUGACCCCGGCAGGUUCACCUGUCACAGUUACUCGCACCCUCUCUUCUGCUCCACAUCCUGGAGUACGCGACACCCGUGUUACUCUCCAGCAUCCUCAUCGUGCGGAGUGCGCGUUAAGCCCUUUCUAAAUCUGCUUAUUGAUGACCCUCCGCUGAAACUUGAUACUUAUACACCAGAUCUUUUCGAAGUCACGGAGAAAACAUCGAAAAUCCUUCACAAACUGCACACAGUAGCUGAGGAUUUCGAACAAGUUGCUGAAGAAUACAUCCAAAUACAUACGAGUAUAAAUGAAACUUCUGAGGAAGAACAGGCAGAAUAUGACGAUGAUGAAGUAACACGUUGUAUUGAUGAUGAAAUAGAUAUAAGAGACGCCGAAGAUGACUCUUGUGAGGAAGAUGUUGUCAAUACUUCUACUGAAGAUGAUGACUGCAGUGACGUGUCAGGUGAACAACACGAUGUUGAUCAACCAGUUUUAGAUAUAGAGAUAAGAAUAAGGAGUAAAAUAUAAUAUAGAAAUGUAUAAAUAAAUUAUAUUCUCUACUUCUAAUUUUAUAUUUGAAGAUUAUUAUGU